AUGUCCUACACUACUUUCUGCGACCUCAUUCAGCAUGCGGUCUACUCAUGGGAUGUUACUAAGCGCCGAGGCGUCAGUCCCCUCUCUUUUGUCUACACCUUCCCUGCUUCUAUGGAUAUACAUGUACCUCGACAGUGUCGUCGUGGAUUUUCCUACGUCGAGUCCUGUGUCGUCGAUCCUCCCCCGGAUGAGACGAUUUCCGCCGGGACCCGAGUAUUAGUACGUUGCCCUACUCAAGUCCCCAAACUCGACCUUCGCUGGUAUACCGCUAUCGUCAUUCGCCAAUUGAGUCCCAGUGUAUUCAUAACCAAGGCUGACGUCACUGGACACGAGACUUCUACUCAUAGCCGGGAUAUCAAGCUCUUCCAGACUGACGACCCUCUACCCGACACUUUUGCCCAUGCUCGUUCGGACUACCAUGGCUGCAAACGCGAUAGGAGCUCUCUCCCAAGGAAGGGGAAACGGAGUCUAGCGGAGUGA